AUGCGGCACCACCUCAUCUUCCUCCCAGUCCUACUCAACCUCCUCCUCCUAUUCACCUCCACCUCCACCACCACCGCCUCCUCUUCGCCCAACACAGAGGCCGCCUUCCUCUCCUCAUGGCUGGCCGCGUCGCCGUCCCGGCCGCCGGACUGGUCCCCGGCGGCGUCGGCGUCCCCGUGCAAGUGGUCGCACGUCGGGUGCGCCGCCGCCGGAACCUCCGUCACGUCGCUCACCUUCCAGUCCAUCCACCUCGCCGUGCCGCUCCCCGCCGGCCUCUGCGCCGCGCUGCCGGGCCUCGUCAGCCUCGUCGUCUCUGACUCCAACCUCACCGGCGGCGUGCCAGAUGACCUGGCCAUGUGCCGCCACCUCGCCACGCUUGACCUCAGCAGCAACUCCCUCUCGGGCCCUAUCCCCGCGUCGAUCGGCGACGCGUCGGCGCUUGAGUCUUUGAUCCUCCCGCCGUCGCUAGGCCAGCUUAAAAACCUGCAGACGUUGUCCGUAUACACCGCCGCACUCUCGGGCCCCAUCCCGCCGGAGCUCGCGGGGUGCGGCAACCUCACUGAGGUGUACCUCUACGAGAACGCCCUCUCUGGCCCGCUCCCGCAAGAGCUCGGCGCGCUGACACGCCUGCAGAAGCUGCUGCUGUGGCAGAACGCGCUCACGGGCCCCAUCCCGGACAGCUUCGGCAACCUGACGCAGCUCGUCUCGCUCGACAUCUCCAUCAACUCCAUCUCGGGUGCCAUACCGUCGUCGCUCGGCCGGCUGCCGGCCCUGCAGGACCUCAUGCUCAGCGACAACAACCUCACCGGCACCAUUCCCGUGCAGCUCGCUAACGCGACGGCGCUCGUGCAGCUGCAGCUCGACACCAACGAGCUCUCCGGCCUCAUCCCGCCAGAGCUCGGCCGGGGCCUGUCCAGCCUGCAGGUGUUGUUCGCGUGGCAGAACCACCUCGAGGGCGCCAUCCCGGCCACGCUCGCGUCCAUGACCAGCCUCCAGGCGCUCGACCUCUCGCACAAUCGCCUCACUGGCGUCAUACCGCCGGGGCUCUUCUUGCUGCGCAACCUCACCAAGCUGCUGCUCCUUUCAAACGACCUCUCCGGCGUUAUACCGAUGGAGAUUGGUAAGGCGGCGAGCCUCGUGCGGCUUAGGCUCGGCGGCAACCGCAUCACUGGGGAGAUCCCCGCCGCCGUGGGCGGGAUGAAGAGCAUCGUGUUCCUCGACCUUGGCAGCAACCGCCUAGCAGGCGCCGUGCCCGCACAGCUCGGCGACUGCUCGCAGCUCCAGAUGCUCGACCUGAGCAACAACACGCUCACCGGGUCCCUGCCAGAGUCGCUCGCAGGCGUGCACGGUCUGCAAGAGAUCGACGUCUCGCACAACCAGCUGAUCGGUGCCGUGCCGGACACAUUCGGGAGGCUGGGGGCGCUAAGCCGUCUCGUCCUCGCCGGCAACAGGCUCCUCACGUCGCUCGCCGGGCUGGACAACCUGGUGACCCUGAACGUGUCUCACAACAACCUCUCGGGGUACCUCCCCGACACAAAGCUCUUCCGGGAGCUCACGCCAUCCAGCCUCGCCGGCAACGCUGGGCUGUGCACAAAAGGCGGCGACGUGUGCUUCGUCGGCGUGGAUGGGAGGACGAGUGCGAGCAACGGCGAGGGGCAGCGCGCGCAUCGGCUGAAGCUCGCCAUCGCGCUGUUGGUGACGGCGACGGUGGCUAUGGUGCUAGGGAUAAUCGGCAUACUGAGAGCUCGCAGGAUGGGCGGGAAAGGCGACGGUGGGGGCGGUGGCGGGAGCAGCGACUCGGAGGCCGGCAGUGGUGGUGACCUGAGGUGGCCGUGGCAGUUUACGCCAUUCCAGAAGGUGAGCUUCUCGGUGGACCAGGUGGUGCGCAGCCUCGUGGACGCCAACAUCAUCGGCAAGGGUGUCUCCGGCGUGGUGUACCGCGUGAGCCUCGACUCCGGCGAGACCAUCGCCGUGAAGAAGCUCUGGCCCGCCACGACGGCUGCCGCCGCCGCGUCCAAGGACGCCGGCCGGGACUCGUUCUCGGCGGAGGUACGCACGCUGGGCUCCAUCCGGCACAAGAACAUCGUGCGCUUCCUGGGCUGCUGCUGGAACCGGAGCACGCGGCUGCUCAUGUACGACUACAUGGCAAACGGCAGCCUCGGCGCCGUGCUCCACGAGCGCGGCGGAGGUGCGCAGCUGGAGUGGGACGUCCGGUACCGGAUUGUGCUGGGAUCGGCGCAGGGCCUCGCGUACCUCCACCACGGCUGCUCGCCGCCGAUCGUCCACCGCGACAUUAAGGCGAACAACAUCCUUAUCGGACUUGACUUCGAGGCCUACAUCGCCGACUUCGGCCUCGCCAAGCUCGUCGACGACGUCGCCGCCGACUUCGGCCGCUCCUCCAACACCGUGGCCGGCUCCUACGGCUACAUUGCCCCCGAGUACGGGUACAUGCUGAAGAUCACUGCAAAGAGCGACGUGUACAGCUACGGGGUGGUGGUGCUGGAGGUGCUAACAGGGAAGCAGCCGAUCGACCCGACGAUCCCCGACGGGCUGCACGUCGUGGACUGGGUGCGGCGGCACAAGGGCGGCCUCUCCGGCGUGCUCGACCCGGCGCUCCGGGGGCGGUCCGACGGGGAGGUGGAGGAAAUGCUGCAGGUCAUGGGCGUGGCCCUGCUCUGCGUCAGCCCGAUGCCUGACGAACGGCCGACGAUGAAGGACGUGGCCGCCAUGCUCAAGGAGAUCCGGCUCGAGCGAGAGGAGUACGCCAAGGUCGACGUGCUCCUGCUCAAGGGCGGCGGCAAUGGCGGGUCCCUGGCGAACAAUGCCACAGUGCCGAAGGCGACGUCGACGUCUAGCACGCCGCCGUGCCGACAGGGCCCUGGGAGCAGCACGUGCAACAGCAACAGCAGCAGCUUCUCUGCCGUCUACCCCUCGUCAAAGGCCAAAUCUCCAUUUGAUUGA